AAUUCUCGACAUCUUCCUUCGUAUUUGUCAUAACAAAGCAGAGAAACGCUAAAGAUUUUGUUUUAUUCAAAUUCCUUUUGAAACUAAGAUGUAGAGCGUAACGAGAAAUUACUGCCGGUUAUUAAAGUGAAGGAAAACAGGAUACCUUAACAAGAUGGUCCAACCAGGGAAACUAGCCUUUGAUGAGGACAACUUUCCCUACAUUGAUUUGGGUACUGUGAGGAUGUGCAUGGAUAGACAAGAGGCGCCAGAUUGGGCGUUGGAAGUAGCCCGCAAAGAACUGAGGGAAACUCCAGAUAUAAUGAAAGAAUCCUUCGCUAAAAUUAAUCAAUUACUAGAUGAAGAGAAACAUCUAAUAGUACCUAGAGAAGAAACGUACUUGAAAAUCUAUUUAAGGCCUGCACAUUAUUAUCCAGAAAGCGCCAUAAAAAGGAUAAAGAAUUUUUUUAAUACGAAAAUCAAACAUCCUGAAGCCUGUAGAGAUCUUCUUCCAAGUAAAUUGAAGCAUGUCUUUGACGCUGAUGUGUUGCAACUCUUGCCGGUUCGCGAUCAACAUGGUCGCAGAAUGAUAACGAUACACGCCGGAAAAAAAUGGAAGCCUUCUCAAGUUCCUCUGAUCGAUUUAUUCCGUGGUGUACAAGUAAUGAUUUGGGGUGCCAUGAUAGAGCCUUUAUCGCAAAUUUGCGGUGGUCUCGUUAUUAUCGAUAUGGAGGAUUUAUCCAUGACCCAGAUUAUGCAGUUUACCCCUUCCUUUGCCGCAAUGCUUUUAGACUACAUACAGGAGUGCAUAUGCUUACGUUUAAAGGCGGUGCAUAUUGUCAAUAACUCGUAUAUAUUCAACAUUUUAUUCAACAUUUUUAAGCCUUUCAUUAAAGAGAAAUUAAGGAAACGGCUUCACUUUCACGGCAAGGAUUUCAAAUCGCUCCACAAACAUAUCGAUAAAUCCUGUUUGCCAGCUAAAUAUGAAGGGACCGCUUCUUGGGAAAUGCCUCACAGCUCUUUAACGUAUGAAUUAUUCCAUUGGUACGAAGCGGACUAUGAAAAGGCCGAAACGUAUGGGUUUACCGAAGAAUAUAAAAAGAAAAAAUAAUUCUCUAUUUUAUAAACCGUUCUUUUGUCAAUUUUUUGCCCAGCAGUAAGCUAGAUUUUCUAGGUUAUAUCAUGUUUUUGUGAUAUUUUUUCAUAAUUGCUUUGCCUCUCAUUAAGUAUUCGUUGCGAACAAA